AUUUCAGAAGUCGGGAGUAUAAUUGGAAAGAAGGGUGAAUCAGUGAAGAAGAUGCAGAGAAGAGAGUGGCGCUCGCAUCAACAUCUCUGAAGGCAAUUGUCCUGAAAGGAUCAUCACUUUGGCAGGUCCAACCACGGCCAUUUUCAAAGCAUUCUCUAUGAUCAUAGAAAAGCUGGAAGAGGAUAUAAGCAGCUCAAUGACAAACAGCACAGCUGCCAGCAAGCCUCCAGGUACUCUGCGCAUUGGGGUGCCUGCCAGUCAGUGUGGCUCCCUUAUUGGAAAAGGGUGGCUGCAAGAUCAAGGAGAUUCGAGAGUCAACCGGUGCGCAGUACAAGUGGAAGGAGAUAUGCUUCCCAACUCCACAGAGCGUGCGAUCACCAUUGCUGGCACUCCGCAGUCUAGAUUGAGUGCGUUAAGCAGAUCUGUGUGGUCAUGCUGUGAGUCUCCACCUAAAGGGGUCACAAUCCCCUACCGACCCAAGCCUUCAGGGUCUCCAGUCAUCUUCGCAGGUGGACAGUCUUGCUCUGCUGCUAUCUCUCCACAGCUCACGAAGCUUCACCAGUUGGCUACGCAGCAGAGCCCCUUCCCCAUUGCUGCAAACACCCAGGGAUUUACUGGUAUGGAUGCUUCUGCCCAAACCACAUCCCAUGAGAUGACCAUUCCUAAUGAUCUUAUUGGGUGCAUCAUCGGUCGCCAAGGAGCCAAGAUCAAUGAGAUUAGACAAAUGUCCGGUGCCCAGAUCAAGAUUUCAAAUCCAGUGGAGGGAACAAAUGAUCGCCAUGUCACCAUCACAGGCACGGCUGCCAGUGUCAGUCUGGCAGAAUACCUCAUGAGCGCCAGUGUAGAGUCCUCUAAACUUCCUCCCUCCUCCUCCUCCUUGAACCCUGAACAGACCAGCCUCUGCCCUCCCUCCACCUCUACUACUACUACUACUACUACUACCACCACCACCUCCUCUGCUGCCACCUCCUCCUCUUCCUCCUCCUCCUCCUCUUCCUCCUGUGUGGUGCCCCCCUCAGCCUCCAUUCCUCUGUCCUUGUUGGCUACAGGGCCGUCUCCUCCCUCCUCUUCCUCCUCCUCCUCCUCCUCCACUGAUUCCCUGCUCCCCAGUUCUCCUGCCUGUGUGUCGAGCCUCCUCAGUCUCAAGCCCCUCCCACUGCUGGCGCUCCAUGUUGUCAGCGGAUCCAGCGCGCACUCAAACCCCCCAGAGCCCAAAAUCGCCCCCGAGCUGGGCUCCAAGUCCAAAAGGCGAAGGCUGUCCCCGUACUAGUGACGGAAGCAUAAGUCGUCUAACUACUCGAGUACUGGCGGCGUCUGUUUGUUUCUGCACUUGCUGUUGUGUGUGGCUGUGCUUAUUACAGAAAAGAAAACAUAAAAGAGAAAACGUGCCCACAUAGAAGUGUUUGACAGCCAAGAAAGCUUGUUGCUGCCAUAUUUACAAGAGAUAGCCUUUAGCUUGGAUUUGGCUUGUGUCCUGGGAAGAAAAAAGCAAAAAC